ACUUAGUCAUUCACCGCAGACUCGUGUCCUCCCUACAGAGCGUCAUCCACUUGUAUACUACUCCUCUAUCACUAUUUUCAUCUCGAACCUCCAUAUCCUAGUACCACAUCAACUGUUUGCCCUUGCCAAUGAAUGAUACAAUGGAUACUCUAGACGAGAAAGCAAACGGUGGUCCUUCGAUGGAAAUUGACGAAAUAGUAUCAGUUCGAAAUCAUGAGGCAUUUGCGGCCAAACAUAUGCCCGAUCUCGGUCAAGAUAUCAAAGAUUUUCAAGUGUUUACAUGGAGGUUAGAGAAUUGGAAGAAAUUGGAUAAGAAGCUCACCAGUCAAGAGUUUGAAUGCGGUGGUCAUAAAUGGCGGAUAUUGCUGUUCCCAUUCGGCAACUCGAAUGCACCGCCAAACGAUACAGUGUCAGUAUACUUAGACUACGCAGAACCCAAGAAGGCUCCAGAGGGGUGGCAUGCAUGUGCCCAGUUCGCGCUUGUGAUUUCUAAUAUCCACGAUCCCACUGUUUUCACCGUCAGCCAUGCCCAUCAUCGUUUCAUUGCAGAGGAGUGUGAUUGGGGCUUCACGCGUUUCAGUGAAUUGCGCAAGCUUUUCAACGUUCAGGAAGGCCAACCUCGACCAACGAUAGAGAACGAGUCUGCCGAUAUAUCAGUCUUUGUCCGUGUACUGGAGGAUCCCACAGGUGUCCUAUGGCACAAUUUCGUCAAUUAUGACUCCAAGAAAGAAACUGGUUUUGUUGGAUUGAAGAAUCAAGGAGCAACAUGCUAUAUGAACUCUUUGCUUCAAUCUUUAUUCUGUACGCGCUACUUUCGAAAGGCUGUGUAUCAGAUCCCAACUGAGGAUGAUUUACCUACGGAAAGUGUAUCUUUGGCUUUGCAGCGCGUAUUCUAUCAUCUACAAACAUCAGACCAACCAGUCGGUACUACCGAAUUAACCAAAUCAUUUGGUUGGAAAUCCCUUGACUCAUUUUUGCAACAUGACGUGCAAGAAUUCAACCGUGUCCUCCAGGACAAACUGGAGUCCAAAAUGAAGGGCACCAUAGCGGAAGGUGCCAUUGCAAAGCUUUUCGUUGGGAAGAUGAAAAGUUAUAUCAAGUGUGUCAAUGUCGAGUAUGAAUCGUCGCGAACAGAGGAGUUUAAUGAUAUUCAACUCAACGUAAAGGGCAUGCGAAAUUUGUAUGAGUCUUUCAAGGAUUACGUAGCGGUGGAGAAUAUGGAUGGCGAGAACAAGUAUCAAGCGGAAGGUUUUGGAUUACAAGACGCGAAGAAGGGCAUCAUUUUCGAAUCCUUCCCACCAGUCCUACACCUCCAGCUGAAACGUUUCGAAUACGAUAUCCAACGCGACGCCAUGGUAAAGAUAAAUGAUCGCCACGAAUUCCCUUUUGAAAUCGAUCUUGGAGAAUUUUUGGAUGCCAAUGCAGACCGUUCUAAACCGUGGAAGUACCGGCUCACCGGCGUUUUAGUCCAUUCUGGUGAUUUACAUGGAGGCCACUACUUUGCCCUCAUCAAGCCUGACCGAGACACGCGAUGGCUCAAGUUCGAUGACGAUCGGGUGACGCCUGUUACUGAUAAAGAAGUGUUGGAGGAGAACUACGGUGGGGAGCCAUUGAAUGGCUUGCCUCCGACCGCUCAGCGCAAUCAAGUUCGCGCCAUGAAGCGCUUCACGAAUGCAUAUAUGUUAGUAUAUAUCCGAGAAUCAGCCAUGGAUGAGGUUUUGGCUCCGUUCACUGAAGAAGACACACCUCCCCAUUUGAAACGGAGAUUGGACGAAGAGCGUCUCCAAAGUGAAGCGAAGAAAAGGGAACGUGAGGAGCAACAUCUGUUCUUGACCGCGAAGGUUAUCACAGAUGAAACCUUCUCUCGGCAUGAAGGCUUUGACCUGGCCACUUUUGAUGAGAAGAAUUGGCCACCAUCCGAUCUUCCUAGUUUCAGAGUCUUGAAACAAGAGACAUAUAGCGUGUUCAAAAGUCGAGUGGCACAGCACUUCAACUAUCCCGAAAAUCAGAUACGAUUAUGGGUCCUGGUAAAUAGACAGAACAAGACUGUCCGGCCAGACACUGCUAUUCCGGAAAACGAACCAACACUGACGGUUGAGGUCAUUCGCAAUAAUAUGGCGGCAAGACAGAACGAUCUGAGGUUGUAUUUGGACGUCGUUACAGAUCCUUCGAAGCCCGAAUCACCUCCUCAGUCCAUUAUGGUGUUUUUGAAGCAUUUCGAUACCUCAAAACAGAAUCUAUUAGGUGCUGGAAAGGUCUACAUGCCACGGACGUCGAAAGUUGGUGAUUUAGUACCGAUCAUCAAUGAACGUAUGCGAUGGACACCAGGAACACCGGUGAAGUUGUACGAGGAAAUUAAACCUGGCAUGAUCGAGUUGAUGAAACCUAAACUCUCUUUUGCUCAAAGUGAAAUUCAAGAUGGCGAUGUUAUAUGCUUCCAAGUCGACUUGCCAGAGAAAGAAAUUCACGACCUCGAAAGUCAGGGCCUUCAUUCCAAUCCCAUCCACUUCUACGACUUCAUCCAGAAUCGUGUCAUGAUUAUAUUCCGACCCAAAUAUGAAGAUUCUGAUCACGAUCAUCCCGAGUUCAGCCUUAUCCUGAGCAAGAAGCAGAAUUACGAUACAAUGUCAAUCAAAGCUGGAGAAUACCUGCGACAUGAUCCAAUCAAGCUACGAUUCACGACUACGCACGCUAACAAUGGGAAUGCCAAGUCUGUGCUCAAACGAUCCUUAAACCAGAGUAUCGCCGAAAUAAUGGCACCAUACUACACCACAAGCGCGGUGAUACUUUAUGAGAAGCUCGAUGUCAGUAUCGUCGAGCUAGAGACCAAGCGUAGUCUCAAGGUGAUAUGGACUGGCAUUCACAAUAAGGAGGAAGGCACUUUUCCCUUCCUCCUACCAAAAACCAGUUCCGUAUACGAAUUGGCGGAGAACUUAGCGAAACAAGUCACUUUAACGCCCUCAGGAACUGGAAAAAUUCGUAUUUUUGAGAUAUCGCGGGACGGCAAAACUCAGAAGGAAUUUACCGGCUCAGAGAUGAUUGGUAAUAUUCCGGAUCCGGUAGACCUAUACGCUGAGGAAGUUCCGCGUGAAGAGUUGGAAGCUGAUGACGCUGACAAGGUCAUCGGGGUUUUCCACUUUUCGAGAGAAUUGACGCGCACGCACGGCAUUCCUUUCAAAUUUGUCGUAAAACGGGGUGAAAAAUUCUCCGAUACGAAGAAACGGCUUCAAGCUCGAUUAGGUGUCUCAGACAAAGACAUAGCGAAAUACCGAUUCGCCCUCAUACAAGCAUCGACCUUCAAGCAGCCCUCAUAUAUUGAGGAUGAUGACACCAUAUAUGAACAUCAAUUCGCACCGGAGGAUGUGUUGGGCUUAGACCACAUUGACAAAUCUGGACGAUCAAAAGCAGGUGUAGCAGAGAAGGCAAUUGUAAUUCGGGGCUAGUCUCUUCUGAAUCUCUUCCAUGUAUCUUUUUACAUUGUUCCACAUCCACUUUCAUCACUUGUAUCCUUUUCCUAUACAGUAAAUUUUACCGCUGGCUCAAUAUGUAUCAUCAUGGAUAAUUAUAUGGCAGGGGUUUCAUACAUAGAUAAAUAAGCUAACAGUACUGAUGAUGGUCGAUCGACGUCCAAGAUUGACCUACUUUCUCUUCUUACCCUUUUUGCCCUGCUUCUGCAU